AUGGUGUCAACCCAAGAAAGCGGCGAUAGCAAGGCCUAUGCCCUGAUUCGAGACAACAGCGACGACGAUAUUGAAGAGCCUUUUUUACAUGAUACCAACAUCAGUAGACGAGUCAAGCAUGGCAAGAUUAUCCGAUCACCGGUGUGGGCAGUGAUGACAUCAACAAAGAGAUAUACUGGCACAUAUGAGACAGGGUUUGACACAGAACUCGAAGAAAUGAAACCAUCCAUCAAACUACACCAAAAACGUUACACCAGUGCCAUCCGCGACCUCCCCAACGGCACUCUAUACAUGGCUUUCAACACCUCCGAACCGCAAUACGUCGGGCCCCCCUCCCCCGAAAUCGACGCUGCCUGGAACUCUCUCCUGCAAGGGCGCUACAUCCACUUCACCACCAACGAAACCACCUGGCUCAACUCCGACCACGAGCUACCCAUACUCGAGCAACUCCCCUCCCACGGCUCCUCAAUCCCGACAACAGGAUACUAUGGGGGGCCCGACAUGCUACACAGUCUGCACUGCAUCAACGCUCUGCGCCAACACAUUGACAUGGAUUAUUACCACAAUGAGCAUGUGGCGUGGUUACCGGAGGAGUAUAGGAGGAUGCAUAUUGAUCAUUGUCUGGAGCAGCUGAGACAGGCGACAUUGUGCCAUGGCGAUAUGACUCCAGUCACGCUCAAGGCGAUUUGGAUGGAUACACCGCGGUGGGCGGCGUUGGGGCAGACGGAGAGGAUGCAUACGUGUAGGGAUGGGAUGGCGUUGAGGGAGGCUACGUGGGACAGAGGGGAAGAGGUGGGGAGGAUUUCUUUUGGAGGGAAGUAG